AUGCAAGUCCUUCUUCUUGGCGGCCACGGCAAAGUUGCCCUCCACCUAACCCCACUCCUCCUCAAGCGCGCUUGGAACGUAACCAGCGUGGUACGCAACCCAGACCAUGAAAGCGAGAUUCUAGCCCUGGGCAAAGGCCUCAAAGGCAAAUUGAAUGUACUCAUCUCCAGCCUGGAAGAUGUGAAAAGUGCAGCGGAUGCACAGAAGAUCAUCGACACCGUGACACCAGACUAUGUGGUCUGGUCGGCUGGCGCGGGUGGCAAAGGCGGCCCAAACAGCACCAUCGCAAUUGACCAAGAAGCAGCCAAACACUUCCUUACAGCCUCCUUCGCAAGCAAAGGAGUAACAAAAUUCCUAAUGGUCUCCUACCUAGGCAGUCGCAGAAACCAACCAACGUGGAUGCCUGACGACCAGUGGGCCGGACUAGUCCGCAUGAACAACGAGAUCCUGCCCACAUAUGCAAAAGCCAAGCUAGAGGCAGACGAAUACAUGACAGCCCUCGCAGCACAGCGCAAGCGCGACCCUACUGCGGCACCCUUCCAGGCUAUUAACCUUCGGCCUGGAUUGCUGAGUGAGGAGCCUGCUACGCGCAAGGUUGAGUUGGGUAUCACACCUAAGGGUCGGGGCACUGUUACCCGGGAAGAUGUUGCUAUUGUUGCGGAUGAGUUGCUUGCUAGGGCUGAUACUGAGGGGUGGAUUGAUCUUGUUAAUGGGGAGGAGGGGGUUAGUGAGGCUGUUGAACGAGUUGCUAGGGAGAGAGUUGAUGCUGUUGUUGGGGAGGAUGUUGAGGGGAUGAUUAAGCGGUUCUUUGGAUAA